GCCCGUUUUAAUUUGCAGUGACAUUUCUACUUGUCUAGCAACUUUUGGCUUCAUAGAGCUCAGAAAUCAGCUUUUGCUGAACUGGUGCUACUCUGGUGUUUAAUUUUCUCCAAUUGGUCGCGAUGGAAGGGUGUGACUAUGAAGUGUUCUUAAGCUUCAGAGGACCCGACACGCGCACCAGCAUCACCGAUCACCUCUACACCCGUCUCACAGAAGCAGGGGUCCGGACAUUUAGAGAUGACGAAGAGCUCCGCAUUGGUGAAGAGAUCGGCCCAGAUCUCAUAAGAGCCAUUGAGCAGUCGAAGAUCUCCAUACCCAUAUUCUCUAAAAAUUAUGCUUCCAGUAAAUGGUGUCUCAAGGAGUUGGCCCAAAUGGUGGAGUGUAAGAAAUCAAGGGGACAGAAAAUCAUGCCCAUUUUCUACUACAUCGAACCAUCUGAGGUUCGAUACCAAACCGGUGGUUAUGGUGACGCCUUUCAUUCACAUGAAAAGAAGAAGCGGGUGGAUGAGGAGACCAUCCCCGAGUGGAAAGCUGCUCUCAAUGAGAUUGGCGGGUUAAAGGGGUGGAACAUAGAGAACAUAGCUAACCGGCACGAAGGACAACUAGUUAAACAGGUCGUUACUAACGUUUUAAGUGAGCUGAAGAAGGCUUAUUUGGCGGUUAGUGACUUCUUGGUUGGCGUUGACUACACAGUGAAAGAAAUUACGGGGAUUAUAGACACUGCCACUGAUGAUGUAAAGAUCGUGGGAAUCCAUGGUAUGGCUGGCAUCGGAAAGACGACUCUUGCCAAAGUAGUCUACAACCAGUUUUCUCGGGACUUUGCUUACUGUUGUUUCCUUCCUGAUGUUAGAGAUACUUCAAACUCAAAAGGAAUUGUGUAUUUGCAGAACCGACUAAUUUCAGAUCUCUCAAAACAGACAUUUUCGAGUAUUGAUAGCAAGGACGAGGGAAUGAGGACGAUCAAAGAGAGAUUUUCUAGUAAGAAAGUCCUUGUUCUUUUUGACGAUAUUGACGACGAGAGUCAACUAACUGCACUUUUGGGGGGGCAAGUUUGCUUUGGUUCUGGAAGCUUGAUACUUAUAACCACAAGAAAUGAAAGGGUUCUCCGUGCAUUCCAAGUGAAGUUGAUUUAUCAUAUUGGUGUAUUGGAUUCUGAUAGUUCCCUUCAGCUAUUUAGCAAGCAUGCUUUCAGAAGAGAUCACCCUCCAUAUGAAAAAUUAAAGCAAUCCAAAGAAAUUGUGGAGAUCGCUCAAGGUCUUCCAUUGCUUCUUGAAGUUAUGGGUUCAACUUUAUCAUUAUGUGGACAAACUAAAGAAAUAUGGGAUGAUUACCUAGAGAAGUGGAGAAAAGGUCCCAUUGAGAAAACUCGAAGUAAGUUGAUGAUAAGUUAUGAAGCAUUGGAUCUUAGUCAAAGGCAAAUAUUUCUUGACAUAGCCUGUCUUUUUGUUGGAUAUGAUAAGAAUAUAGUAAUAUACAUGUGGAAAGAUUGUGGUCUAUGCCCAAUAGAAGGUCUUGAAGUUCUUCAAUUGAUGUCAUUGAUCAAAAUUGAGAAGAUAAUAAAUUGUGUAUGCACAAUCAAUUAAAAGAUCUUGGUAGAGAAAUUGUUUCUCAAGAAAGUGGUGAGCAAUUAGAGAAGCAAAGUAGACUGUGGAAUCACAAAGAUGCAUUGAACGCACUACUAAGCAAGAAGAAAAAUGAAAAGCUCCAAGCCCUCCGUCUAAUGUUUGAGGAUUCGUCAGAUUAUCGUUUCACUCUCGAAGGAUUUGCAGCGUUUCCAAAUCUAAGGUUCCUUCAUAUGGAUAGUCGAAAACUCACUGACGAGCUCUUUUCUGAGGUUACACUUCUUUGGCAUAACAAGUCCUUGGUCACGUCAUUGACGAACUCUUAUCUGGGCAAGAAGCAACUUCUUCCAGAUUUAAGAUGGUUCUCUUGGCAUAAUUCUCCUAUGCGAAUAUUGCAAAUAAGCAAUUUUUCAUUGAGUAACUUAGUCAUUCUUGAUUUUUCAAGAAGUAAACUUACUCAUGAUUGGAGCGGAUGGAAACAUAUCAAGACAGCAGAGAAAUUAAAAGUUCUUAACCUUUCGGAGUGUGAGCUAUUGUUCAGGACUCCUGAUUUCUCUGAAUUUUUAAAGUUGGAGAGAUUGAUUCUUGAAAAAUGUGAAAGAUUAGCUGAAAUCCACUCAUCAAUCGGUCAACUGAAGUUCUUAGUUUUCUUGAACUUGAACUUCUGUAGUGAUCUCCGCUAUCUACCACAAGAGUUGGGCGGAUUGCCAGCCCUCGUAGAACUUCUCCUUGAUGGAACUUCUAUACGAGAAAUUCCGCAUUGGUGGGUUAUGAAGAACCUGAAGAAGCUUUCAAUGGAUGCAACACCAAUUAUUCAACUACCUGACUCCAUUGGGGCACUUAUAAAUCUUCAAAGCUUAUCUUUGAAUUGGUGCUCGAAUAUGGGCAGACUUCCGCACUCCAUUAAGGAAUUACGAUCAUUAAUUAAGUUGGAUCUAUUGGAAACAGGAAUCACAAAGUUCCCUGACUCUAUGGGAAGUCUAGAGAAUCUGAAAGAAUUAAAACUUUCGUGGUGCUAUGGGUUGGGGGGCAUCUCUGACUUGCCUAGACUUCCCAUAAGCUUGACUUCUUUGGCGAUCUCAUCUCCAUCUUUGAUAACAAUGCCAGAUCUUUCGAGCUUGAUCAAUCUAAAACAACUAUUAUUGUGCAUGGGAGUGCGUGAUGUCUCUGGCCCAUCUGAGUUGGUGCAACUGCAAGAUCCCAUGCCUUCGUGGAUUGGUAGGUUAUCCAAAUUGGAAGUCUUGACCCUGACACUCCCACACAUGACCAACCUAUCUCCUGAGCUAGGUAUGCUUCCUCACUUGAGAUCUCUUCAUCUUCAUGGUUGCCAAGCUCUGGAAUGCAUUCCGCAGAUUCCCUCGAGUGUCUCAAAGCUUCACAUCAUAGAUUGCCCAUCACUUACCACACUUGAUAUCUCCACCUUGAAGAACCUAUCGGAACUGUAUGUCCUUGCCACACCUCUGGAGAAUCUGUCUGGGCACGAACUUUUCUACAGUGUGCCAGAAUGGAAGAUAAGUAAGGACUAUGCGCACGAUUUGCAAGCGCAUUUGAGAUCAAAGAUGUUGGAACAGCACGGACUCACAAAAAUAUGUUGGGGCGUAGUAGAGAAAUGGAGAGAGGGUAUUUUUCAGUUCUUGGGAAAAUAAGAAGAUAUGUCUCUUAAGUGAAGAGACGACUGGUUAAGAUCCAAAAUCACGCUUACAAAGGUACAAUUGCAUUCCCAAUGUUUAUGAGCUUUUCCAAAAAUUUUAUACUUUACAGUUCUUUUUGUCCUUAAAGGAGGGCAUUGCCAUUAUAUUUAUUCACUGAGACCACUUCACACUACGCAUGGCUAAUUACCUAAGAAAAAAAUUCAAACUUUAGAUCCAACCCUCAAUUCAAUCCCGAAUUUUUGUUGUUUAAAUAAUGAUCUUUAACUUUCAAUCUACUCCCAAGGUUACAGCACCAAUCUUACCAUUAAGGGUCCUUAUUCUAUAUCGGUUAAUUUUCCUAUCUUCAAUUUGUAUUGUAAACUGCUAGUUGCAAUUCUUCGUGCCAUUAAUUAGUUUCAUUUUUUUACUUUUCUUCACUUCAAUUUCACGUUCGAUCGAGUCUAUUUUUGAGCUCAAGUCUUUGCCUUUUCACCAAUUGAUCUACUCAUCUCUACUUGACAUGGCGGCCAAAGACUCGACGCGGUGGAGUUUAUAUGCAUACAACUGAAAGAAGACAAACUGCUCCUCAUUUCAGGACUAAAUGGAUUCAGUGUAAAACAAGAUGCAAGGAAGCCUUUACUUUAUAUAUCUCCAUAUUCUAUUGAACGACACUUGGGUCCUCGCCCGAGUAUGUAUUGGCAGGUCGCCUUGCUUUUGUUUCUGGUGGAGUCUCGUUUUAAGGUUCUGUUGGAAUUAUAUCUCGCUGCACAGCAAUCGAGUGUCUUCUAAGUUGGUUUUGGAUCUUGGUUUUUGGGGGUUUCUCUUGCUCUUCUGUUUCUUUUCUUAUUUCGCAUUUAAUGUGUAUUGCUCCUUUUGAUUUCUGUUCCGUUGUAAUGAUUUCUUGUUCCACAAGAUCAUGCAUGACCCAGUGCGUGGUAUUGGUUAAUCGUAGGAAUCAUAGCCAAUCUAAUUUAACUGGGUUUUUGAGAGGCUAAAGCAUCUUAAUUGAAUGUGUUGUACUAUCAUUUGAGUCAAUUAGGUGUCUGUUUGGUUUUAAUGACUAUUCUCCAAGAUCAAUUUUAGUUAUCUUUCUUGAUCCAUGCGGUUAUGAUAACCAAGAUUAUGUUAUUGGUUAUUGUAGGAAUUGUAGUGUGUUGAGACUGGGUAGCCUGAAGCAAGAGCAUCUUUGACAGAAUUGUGCUAUCAUUUGUAUCGAUUGGAUGUUUGUUCUAUCCUCAUGAUUAUUAUCUGUGAUUGAUUUUGGUGGUCUUUCUUGUUCCGCGAGUUUAUGAAUAACCCAGUACAUGUUAUUGGUUAUUGCAAGUAUUAUAGUUAAGACUGAAUUAAAUCUGGGUUGUGCGAGGCUAAGGCAUCUAGAUUAGUAUGAUUGUUCUAUCAUUUCUUUCUGGCUUGCUCCAAGGGUAAUACCUCACAGCUGAUGGAGACAUCGUGCCUUUUCUUUCUGGCUUGCUCUGAGUGUCUUUGUGGUUAACCCCUUCAUGUUGGGACCUAAUAAAGCUGUUUUUCUGCAUUGCAGGAGCAAAUUGUUGAUAUGGCAAGGCUUACUACAUCUAAAGUAGAUUAGAGGGAAGGCCUUCAGAGACCUGCAAAUUGCAGUUGUAAAUUCUUAGGAGCUUCAUUUCAGUAUGGACUGUUCUGAGUUCCAGUUCAAGUUUACUAUAGUGGGUGAGAGUGGUUUCUUUUGUGGUGUUUUCCAGUUUCGAUCGGUUUGCUACAUUGAUAAGUCCCGUACCCUCUCCUUUUUUUUCUUGUUACUUAUGUCUUCUUGCUGUGGAGAGCUCUUGGAUGUUUGAUAGGUUCAGUUUUCACUAGAACUGGGUGAUCCGUAUUUUGUUGAAUACCAGCAGGAUUGUCCGCAGAAAUGAUCAGUUUGAGUGAUUUUAAGUUCUCCCCAAAAGAGUGCAAUGUGGUGUUUGAAUAGUCUAGCCGACCAGGAAGUUGACUCUUGAAAGUGUUUCUAGAGUUUUUCCCUUUUCUUCUGUAGAAAAGAUGCGGCAAGCAUCAGUAAUGAUAUUUCUUAAGUUCGGCUGGUUCUAUCCUCA